UAUCCGGAAGUUCGGGGUUACCUUAGGGGGCUUAGUGCCUUAACAUUUGAUUGACCAGUUAGGUGCAAGCCCUGUAUUUUAAUAGGGACAAAGGCCCUGCAAUUGGGUUCGGUAUUGUUCGGGCUCCGGUAUUAGUACUGAAUUUCCACUUAGCUCCAACCCCGUAUGCGCGGCCAGACCCCACCCAAAGAUCCAUAAAUAUCAAGCUCACGGACCUAGAAACUCCUUUUUUUUACCAUCAGAAAGACCUCUGCGUGUACGUUUUAUCAAAAAAGGUUCUACAAGGAGAAAGUGUAGGGUCGACAUCGCCGGUUGUUGGAAGCUGAGGGAGGUAUGUCUAGCGGCUAUUUACCAGUCGACGGUGACAACUUCGACAAAGGCACAGUUCAGGGAGGUCACCACCACGAUAAAGAGGACAGCGACGACGAGGAAGGGGAAGGGCUGAGCGAUAAUGACAAUGAAGACUCCUUCUAUAGGAGAGAUAGCAUCCGGUUCGAUCGGGAUUCCUACGGGUUAGGUUCUCGAAUCGCAGACUUCGCUAUCGAUGGCGGAGACCACCUCGAUCAUGGGAAGACGGAACUCACUGGCUGGGCGUCGAUGUGGCUGGCAUAUCAGUCGAUAGGUGCAAUUUACGGUGACAUUGGCACCAGCCCGCUCUAUGUUUUCUCCUCGACGUUUCCAACAGCCCCGCUGCUCGAUGACCUCCUCGGAGUAUUAUCCCUCAUAGUCUGGGCACUGAUACUGAUUGCGACGAUUAAAUACGUCGGGAUCGUUCUCUGUGCGAACGAUAAGGGUGAAGGGGGCUCUUUUGCCCUCUUCUCACUCAUACGACGUUAUGUCGAUAUUGAUAACCAGAACCGGGAUGCAUCAGACUUCACUGUAAAUGGCGACGAGAAACCGCUACGCCCGUUUAAUCUAAAAGCUAUGAAGGUGUUGAAGAGGAGCUCUGGCGCAAAGAAGGUCGUUAAAAUUCUCGCCGUGCUUGGUGUUUGCAUGGUGAUAUCAGACGGCGUUUUGACUCCUGCACAAUCCAUCCUUGGAGCUGUACAAGGGAUCCAAAUUGCAGCUCCCAGUACUGCAACCCAUACUGUGGUAGCCAUUGCCUGUAUCCUGAUCGUUAUCCUCUUCGCUUUACAGCCGUUCGGCACGUCUAAACUGAGUAGUUUCUUUGCACCCAUUGUUAUCGUAUGGUUAACGUUCAAUGUUAUCUCAGGUGUCUAUAACCUGCUCGCCUACGAUUCCUCCGUCCUACGCGCUUUUUCUCCAUGGCUGGGACUUAAUUACCUCUUCCGGAGAAAACUGGAAGGGUGGAAGUCGCUUGGAGGCGUCCUUCUUUGCUUCACUGGCGUCGAAGCUCUAUUUGCCGACCUAGGCGCAUUUUCAGUCAAGGCAAUACGGGUCUCGUGGCUCUGUUUUGCAUUUCCCUGCUUGCUCCUCACAUACUGCGGUCAAGCGGCCUUCAUCAGCACCCACCCAGACGCGAUCGCGAACCCACUAUUCAAAUCAGCGCCCCCAGGAAUGUACUGGCCUCUCUUUUUCCUCUCGAUCCUGACUUCGAUUGUUGCGUCACAAGCCAUGCUUACGGGGACGUUUCAGCUAAUGUCCCAGGCCAUUCGCAUGGGAUAUCUGCCCAAAAUCCGGGCUGUACACACCUCGAAGCGAAUUCCCAGCCAGAUUUAUAUCCCCUGGGCGAACUGGUUGAUGAUGCUUGCUGCGCUCGUCGUCACUGGAGUUUUUAAAACGACAACGAAACUAGGCAAUGCCUACGGAACAUGUGUCGUUGGGGUUGGCUUUAUUACCACCUGGCUCGUCGCCUUGGUAUCGACCAUUAUCUGGAAUGUCCACGUCCUGAUCGUCAUGCCCAUAUUUUUCUUCUUCUUGUGCAUCGAUGCCUUGUUCGUUUCAUCUGCGCUGUACAAGGUUCCAUCUGGUGGCUGGUUCACUAUUGCAAUGGCUGCAAUUCUCUCGAGCACCUUGCUCACCUGGAAUUAUGGUGAAGAAUGCCAGCUGGAAGCGGAUAGGGAUGACUCCUCGCUAUCAAGAGCAAGGGUAUUUGCAGAUACCAGCGGGACGCUGUUUAUACGCGAGGGAGCCAGACAUCUAGAAGUGAAGAAAAUCAGAGGAAUCGGAAUAUUCCUCGUUGAAACUGACUUGAAUUCUCCUCCGGUUUUUGAUCAUUUCCUGAGGAAAUUUGAGGCUUCUCAUGAAAUAACAGUUCUAUUACAUAUCAACCGUAUCCCUAAAUAUCAUGUUGUCCCCAAAAACCGGUUUCGAAGCUCCGCAACCGCCAUCCGCGGAGUAUACCGCGUCACCCUCCGCCUCGGAUACGGCGAUACCAUUAACUGGAACGUCUUCGAGCAAUUAUUGAUAGAUGAGCUGGAAACCCUGAUAUCCAGCGACGGCACCAGCCCACCUACCGACCCCCAACGCGACCUUGACUUUCAUCAUCAAGAUAAAAUACCAUCACCACAUUCCAUCCAGCUCCCCGCACCCUCCUCAUCCGACGAAGGCAUUCCCAUGUCAACAAUUCACGCCAAAACAAGGCACGAGCUGCUCCCGCCCCCGGAUCUGAAUGCCAUAACCCAAAAGCCCAUCACAUAUAUCAUCGGCAGAGACAAGCUGUUUAUCAAGGAGGAGUCGAACUUUGUGCGCCGGGCGAUGCUCACGGUAUUUGUGGCUGUGAAGAAUCAGCAGCGGACGAAGCUGUCGCAGCUCAAAGUACCGGUUGACCGGUUGGUGGAGAUUGGGUUCUCGAAGGCAGUGUAGGUUUUACAGAGUUAACCGCCGAGUUCCUUUUCUUUCUUUUUGUUGGUGCAUUCCUUUGUUCCUUUUGGAUAUAUAUAUUUUUUUGCUUUUUCUUUUUGGAUCUAUAUAGUCUUAUGGCCUUAGAAUCCCGCGUUUUAAUAUAUGUUUUAUUUAUUUACAAGAAGUGGAAAAGUAAAUAGAUUUAUAUCACCUUAAGUCUAAUCUCGCCCCUUUUUUGCACCUGGCUACUCGAGCAAUCGCCAAACGAGAAGUUUCCUUCAACCGUGCCAAGCUCCUAACCGCAACAUGACAUGUCCAACGCUCAACUCAUUUAUUAUUAUCAAAACUAAUUCAACAACUAUAACUACUCCGUACUUCCCCGAAUCGGCGAUAAUAGAGCGCCGCUCACAGGUCGCCAUAUGUAGCGCACAUGCAUCCAAAAUCACGAGUCCACGCAAGCCACACAAGGCAGCAUAGAAAUCCAACCGACCAACCCAUUCAUCCUUAAGCAUCUGCCUCGUACCGAGCUACAGCCUAGUAGGCAUUCUCGCAAUUCAACGGUCCCAACCAUAAAAAAAUUAAAAAAAUAACAAAUAAAACAUAACAUAACCAUGCAACGCCUUCGUUAACAUGUCCUGGGCCGAGGCAUGUUACAGCCGCAACGCGGAACCAACCUAAUUAUUACAUCCCCCGCACAAUUUUCCCGCUCGGACCGGACUGGACCCUUUAUGUCUUCUAUCUUCUACCCCCCCGGAGAAAUUGGGAAGCGGUGCACGAUAAAAUAAUGCAUUUGCAUAGCUAAUGGCAACUGGGAUUGGGGGAUUGGGGGAGGGGAGGGGAGGGGGGUGGUCUUGUCAAGGGAAAGGUUCCAUCGUCUUUCUUUUUUGAUUGAUUGAUUGAUUGAUUGAUUGACUGAUUAUUGAUUAUUGAUUGAAUCGGAUAAUGCUCAUCAGCUUAAAUAGUUCAAUGACUUGAACGGAGAAUGUAUCUAAAUAUCUAAUAUUAUAUAUAUGCACGUACCACAGCGAAAAGGCAAGAGAAAUAAAUAUAAAAGCAAGAAAGAAGACUGGGUAGAUAGAUAGAUAGUAUGCGGUUCUAUAGGACUCCGACUCCCCAACAGAUCGGAUCGAAGAGAAAAAGAGCGUAGGGGUAAAUUUGGGGAUGGAGUAUAAAGACUAGAAAAAGAGGGGAGAGGAGAGAAGGCAAAAGAUAUAGCUAACUAACUAUGUAUCAGAAGAACAUUCGAUAGGAACGAAACUGUAGAUGAGGAUGGCUUUCAUGGUUUGAAUUCUUUCUUUUGUUUCUUUCUUCUUCUUCUUUUCGCCUUCGUUUCUUUCCUUCUUUCUUGUCUGUAUGUCAUUUAUUCUUCCUUCUUCAACUCAACCCCGUCUCCCUCCUCCCUACAUGCCAAUGCACUUCAGAAAGAGAAAAGCGGAACAAAAGAAAGAAGCUCUCUAAAAGGAAAAGUACAUGCACUCAUUUAUAAUUUUCUCCCCCUCUUAGGAAAAAAGAAAAAAAAAAGAUAUGAUAAAAAUCAAAAAAAAAUAAA